AUGGGCCGAAAACGCAAGUAUAUCUGUGAAGAAUAUCGUAUACAAGCUAAUGAGCGCCGGCGAGAAAGAUAUGCUAAGAAAGCAGCAGAGAAACAAAAGCACAUACAAGAGCGUAGUGAACAUCAAAACAAAGACAGCUGCAACACAGAUGUUAUGCCUGCUUCUUCAACAUAUCAUACACUUGUUGAUGUGCCUGUUGACAAUCAUGUAUCACUUUCAGCUUUGUUGAAAGCUAAGUGUAUGUGCUUUGAAAUGCCUAUCGUUGAACUUUCUGAUAAGCCAAUCAUGCAUUCGAGCUCCACAAAUGAUGCUAUUCAUCAAACUGUUACAGCAAUUGACCAUGUGCUUUUUGAUAACACCAUUUCUUCCACUACUUUUGAAACAAAUACUCUGAGCCAUUGUUUACCUCUGCUACCAACUGUUCUAUAUGAAGACUCCUCGUCCACCAGCAAUCCACAACAUUCAACUGUUAGAAGGACCUGCAUUUCAUAUGGUAUAGGUGUGCAUCACAGAAGAAGGAAUAUACCAUUAUUGGAGCGAAUACCAUUUGAGCCAAGUGUUUUGCCAGAAGUUCCAGAUUGUAUGUUUUGUUGUGCUCAACGAUUUUAUUUGGAACCACCGAGAUUCUGUUGUUCAGCAGGUGAAAUUCGUUUAGUACAAACUGAAAUGCCAGAAAAAUUGGUUCACCUUUAUAAGGCCAAUACUCCUGAAGCUAGAGAAUUUCGAUUGUGCAUCCGAAGUUACAAUAAUAUGUUUGCCUUCACAUCCUUGGGGGUUCAUUAUGACAAAGAUUUAAGUAGAAGGAAUAAUAGUAUAUACACAUUUAGAGUGCAAGGCCAGGUUUAUCACUUCAUCAACCCAUUGGUUCCUUCUGAGGGUGAAAGAGCAACAAAUCUGCAGUUAUAUUUCUAUGAUACAGAGCAUGGGAUAGCAAAUCGGAUGGCAAUUUCUAGCAAGUUCAAAGAAUGCAUUGUGGAACAGCUUAAGGAUAUUCUACAUGAUAAUCCUUACUCCACUUUCAUAAGAAGUUUGGUGGACCUUCAUGAUGCUGAACACUAUAAGAUUUCCCUCAAAUCAGAUCCAAGUAUGGAUCAAAGAGUCUACAAUCUUCCUACAGUAUCUCAAGUAGCAGCAAUAUGGAAUGAAAAUGAUCAUAACACUGGUGACGGCAUUAGAGAUAUCCAGAUCUUCACAAAAGCAGGGAAUAAGCGUAUACUAAAACAGUACUAUGGAUGCUAUGAUACACUUCAAUAUCCUCUUAUAUUUGCAAGAGGUGAGACCGGAUGGCACAAGGGCAUACUACGAAUACCAAAAUCAGAUAUUCUUAACCAGUCAUCCGGAACAUGUCAGAAGGAAAAUAUUGUCUUAGUGCAGAAUUGCUCACACGUAGAUGAAGUUAUAUCUGCUGAAGAAAAAGCAACAAAAAAAAGGAAGACUAAGAGACCAACGGUCUCUUGCCGUGAAUACUAUGCAUACAAAUUCCAAAUAAGGGACGAUGACAAAUCAAAUAUGUUACACAUAGGAAGACUGCUGCAACAGUAUUCAGUGGAAACAUAUAUUAAACUAGAGACAUCACAAUUGGAAUUUCACAAGCAUAGGCAGCAACACUUGAGAACUGAAGUUUAUAAAGGACUGAUGGAUACUAUGAUAGGUGGUGAAACUUCUGCAUCAAACAUUGGAAAGCGAAUUAUUCUUCCAGUAAGUCUUAUAGGAGGUCCGAGAGAUAUGCGUCGAAGAUACAUGGAUGCUAUGUCGCUUGUUCAACGGUAUGGAAAACCUGAUAUCUUCCUUACAAUGACGUGCAAUCCAUCUUGGCCAGAGAUUAAAAAACAUUUAGCACAUGAAGAUGAAAUCCAAAAUAGACCAGAUUUGGUUAGUCGAGUAUUUCGAGCAAAAAUUGAGCAAUUAAAGGAUGAUUUAUUCAAGAAGAAUCUCUUUGGUGAAGUUGCAGCUUAUACUUAUGUGAUUGAAUUCCAGAAACGAGCAUUACCACAUGCUCAUUUUCUAAUUAUUCUCAAACAAAGAUCGAAGAUGUUUUCGCUUGAAGCAUAUGAUAGAAUUGUUUCUGCAGAGCUAUCAGAUCCAAAAGAGUCACCUUAUUUAUAUUCAUUGGUGCUAAAACAUAUGGUUCAUGAACCAUGUGGUGUGCUAAAUCCCAGUAGCCUAUGUAUGCGUCAGAAUGGCAAGUACAGAAAUAAUUAUCCAAAAGAUUUUUCUACAUACACUAAACAUGGAAGAAACUCUUAUCCUGUUUACAGAAGACGUAAUUAUGGAAGAAGUGUUGUUAUCAGAAAUCACACACUUGAUAAUCGAUGGAUUGUUCCAUAUAAUGCAUAUCUGCUUGCAAAAUUUGAUUGCCACAUUAAUGUAGAGAUAUGCUCUGGUAUUGAAGCAGUGAAGUAUAUUUACAAAGGACACGACAAGGUUAUGUAUCAGAUCACUUCUCAACAAACACAAAAUAUCAUUGAUGAGAUUCAGAAUUUUCAAUCUGCUAGAUGGAUUUGUGCUCCUGAAGCCAUGUGGAGGAUAUUUGCAUUCAAUUUAACCAGUAUUCAUCCAUCAGUAAUGACAAUGCACUUGCAUUUAGAAAAUCGUCAGUCUAUAUCAUUUGCUGAAAAUCAAACAUUGGAAGAUGUCCUGCUAGUGAGAGAAAUUCAAGAACAAUGUGAUCGAAUAUGGAUGGAUAGAAAAUGUGGAGAAGUCAUUGGCCGUGUUAACACAGCGCACCUCAUUGAAGGAGAAAGAUACUACCGCAGAAUGUUACUUAUGCAUGUAAGAAAACCAAUCUCCUUUGAUGACUUAAAAUCUGUUGAUGAUUAUAUAGCAUCUUCAUACAAAGAGGCAGCAGAAGCUCAUGGACUGCUUCAAGUGAACAAUGGUUUUGAUCUGAGGCACUUAUGCAGACCGAUGAUAUUCACAAUGUGGGAACCUUAUGUUUACUAUGAAGGUGUUGAGCUCAUAAACACAAUCCACACCCAACCAGCAAUUCUGAUUAUACGACCAAGAAUCACCACGUAUCAUGGAAUUGACAUUAGCACUAGACCGAAUAGCACAAUUGUUCUGGAUCCGCCAUUACAUCAGACUGCUGCGCUCAAAACAUGGACUGAAGAAAACAUUUCUUACAUUCACAGAGUCAUCAAUGAGAGGCUGUAUGAAAGAAAUAAACAAAAAAGAGCAGUGCCAGCUAGCACUGAAAUCCGGCUGAUUGCACAAAUCCUUGCAUCAUCAAAUCUGUGGAAUCUGAUAACGCUUAACGCGAUUAGAAAAACACGGGAUUUUUGGCAAAGGUGGGUGGAAGGUGUUGACUAUCGAGCCUCCAGGUACAAAUUGGCAAACCCAUCAAAUAACAGCAGCAUUUUGGAUCCAGUGGUCGAAAACAACUAUCAACUCUUUAUGGUAGAGAGACUAAUCAUGAUGGAAGACGACAACGAUCUGAGCCUCACAGAUGAUCCAAAAAAGAGUACAAGGACAUGGCAGAUACCUGUUUAUACACUGGACACAAGAGAUUAA